AUGGAGAACGGCUUUCGAGAUUCCCUACCCACAAACCAUGACAGAGAUUACAACCAGUACGUGAACGGCAAUGCUGUUCUCGCGCCGCAACCGGCUUCCGACCGGCAGAAUGGGCUUGUCGCCGGUUCCGACGCCUGGGCCGGCAACGGAACCGGUGCUAUGGCCAACGGCAACGGAAAUGGCGACGACGCGAACCAGCCGCAGCGGUCGGGCUCGAGUGCAUCGCGCAUGAACGACCUCCCCGACGAGAUACAACACAUCACCCAAGGUUUCGUCCCUCUGGGACUCCUUCUCUCGCGCCUUGCGCAGAAAACCCACAACCAACUAGUAGAUGAGAUCAUGGCUCUGGCUAAGAUGCCAGCCCCCACGCCCGCUCUCAAUGGCAAUUCGGGCCACGCCGGCACCGCGAUAGACGACACUUCAGCCGAGAACCUGAACAAAAAAGCCCGGUUGCUGAACUUUGUCCAGGAGAAACACGCGGAAUGGGUCAAGGCCGCGUCUGUCAGCAAGCUGAUCGACCUGAUGAACCAUAUCAACAUGCAGCGAAAGCUAGACCUUACCUUUGCGCGAGUACCGAACCCCGAUCUCCAAACUGCACUUCACGUGCUCUCCACCGGCGCCGCCCCCUGGAUGCCAGACUUCAGCUACAUCGAGCCGCCCCCCUUAUCCCCUAAAGAGCAACGGCAGUGGAUCGAAAAUCUGAAUACUCUGCUUUCGAUCCGCCUGAACCUGGAAGACCAUGCUAACAUCCCUUAUCACUUCCGCGACUACUCCAUCGACUCGGGCCGGGUUACCUUUACGGUCCCUGGCGAAUUCGAGGUGGAUCUCACGAUAGCCGACGAGGACUUUGACAAGCAGUUUUGGUUCAUCGACUUCCGAUUCGCAUUCACGCCUGCGCCCUCUGACUUGUCGGACUCGCUGAGGAUGUUCUUAGAGGCCAAGGUCAACGAAGCUCUAGAAAAAGACGGCCUACACGGAUGCUAUACGUUCCUUCACGAAUUUGUAUUGACCCAUAAGGUCACCGAGUAUGUGCGCCAGGCGUUUGAGCUAGCCAAGGGUCGUUGGGUCGAGACGCUCAAGGUUGAGCGACUGAACCGGGCCAUGUCGAUCCAGUAUUGGAGCUGGGUGAUUUUAGGCGUCCACAGCGGCAAAACGGCGAAUAUUUCUUUCGACGCGCCAUCGGCGAGCCAUCUCACCCUACGCUGGUUCCGGGACGGCAAAGAAGUGAAGGACGUCGAGAUUCUGUUUGACGAUGCAGAUAUCUCCACGGAAGGUCUCUUAAAUCGCGUUAUCGGGAGGCACGUCGAGUACAUGCUCGGAUCGAUCCACGCCAAGUUGAAGUCCAACGAACGGUUCGUCAAGCGGGAGGCGGGCCUCGCUUUGGACGUAUGGAAGGACUCCCCGAUACAAUCAACGCUCAAGAUGCAGUUGGGCCACGCCCACUACGUGACUCCGCAAUCGCCAGUGACUUUCCGGGGAGAGCAGAGGCUGAAUUGGCAAUCGAAAGAUCCUAUUCAAGACGGAGUUACUUGUUUAGAGGGCAUAAGGUGCCACUACAUCGUGGACGAAAUUAAUCGACGCGGGAUGAGUGCAGGCUGUGUUAGGGAGAUCCUCAGCGCGAGAAAGAUGGGCCAGCUUAUGUGGUUCAAGCGACAAGGUUGGACGGAUCAGUGGUAUCUAAUGGUAACCUUGAGCGUGAGCGGGGACAAGUGGUGGUUGAUUGAAGUUGAUAAUCAUCCAAAUCAAGAGACGCGAAUCUCGUCGUUCACGAAGCUACCACUCAGCUCCUGUGCGCCCAAUCUUGAAGACAAGUUCUUCUCCAACCUAACCAUCUUUACCGCGGCCAUGAUCUCGCACAUCACAGAUAUGAGGUCACUACAUCAGCGGCAGAUCCGACACAAGGCGCAUGACGGGAUCAACUACUCGCUUCCGCCGACCAUGAAGAUCCCUUCGAUCUACAUCAGACUAUCGGACAUGUUGAGACAUCCACAGUCGCGCAAAUCGGGGAAGCGGGUUGCGCCCUGGGCACUGGAUUUCGUAGAAAUCAUGUUUAAAGGCAUCCGGAGCCCGUCUCCUAAGUUGACGGCAUCAAACCGCAACGAGCCUGCGGGAAACGCUGCCGUCACGCCACAGAAGCCUCCCCUGCACGUGUUUUUGGACGCUCGCCUUAAGGUAUCCAACCGUUCAAGGUUCGGCUUACUCAGGGGUCACGUCGAGCGAGACGUGGCGUUUAAGGCGGAUGUUGGGAGCCCUAUUUUAGAUACGCUUACUCAGCGCCUGCAGGCCAUCGAUAAAUUGGCCGAUUGCAUCGACGCAAUACGCCGGAGUGACAGGGACAUCCGAUGCGAAGAGAUCACACUUACCAAGGUGGUUGUCACCUACACCGAUCAGACGAAGCCGACGGAUGGCGUGACGAUGCAGUCGCAUGGUGACCGCUGGAAGGCGACGCUGCAACUUGGCGCCGACGGCAUCGAGUUGUUUUUCGAUCGAGGCAACCCGCAGCUGCGUGUUUUGGAUCUCUUCCAGCACCUAGUCAACUCGGACCUGCGGUGCCGGAAGCUGCCGUUCUUCUUGUCCAGCACGCUGUCAAUACAGCGCGCUUUAGAAGCGAUCGAGGACGCUUGGGAGACCCUCGCCAUGAACGACCAAGGACGGGUGGAAAUAUUCGCAGCACAUCUGGAUUGGUUCAACAUACACUACUCUCUUCCCGGCCCGGGCAAGAACCCUCACGCAGUGCGCCGCCUGACAAUGCAGAUUCGACUGCGGGCUCGCGACGAGGCGGUGGAAUGGCACGUGUUCCGUGAAGAGCCGGGCGGAGUGCAGCCGGAGGACGAGUUUACCCACGCCCUCGAUAAGGUGUGGAAUGCCGAGGACAAACCGGACCAUCGUGUGGGAGAGUUGAUGAGGGCGGUAGACGAGGCGGUAAGACGGCUCGUGCACCAGUCACCGACGAUUUUGAAACAGAAUCCGCCUAGGAGUCAGUCGCAGACCAAGAGCCAAGCUCAGACCGGAUACCACAAGAACAUGGCGGCGGGAAAGGCUAGACCGCAAACACAGCUAGCAGUCUUCUCAGGGACGAGCAAGGUAGUCAACACAUCGCCAAUAGCGGCAGAGGACGAUGACGGCGGCCCCUCUGACGUCGUUAUCCGCAAGGAGGCCGCUGUGGCGUUGCUGCACGACCACAUAUUCUUCCUGCACUGCGACCCGCACUAUGUCUCGCACCGGGCCCUCCUCCCUGCGGCGGCGGAGGAGUCGGGCACGACCGGGGAAGGGGAGGGAGCGGCGGCGCACCAGCUACCGGCGGAUGUGGAGCCCGUCGGCAGCCCCUCCGUCAAGCUGUACGAGGUGGUGGACCACGUGCCGAACCCGGUCUGGAGCAGCAGCGUCGUGAGCAAGGAGGAGUUCGUCGACCUCGCGGACGGGCUGUGGGUCCGGAUCCGCAGCCCCAUGGCCAUCACGAUGGAGACGAGGUGGACGAUCCGCGAGGGGAAGGGCGAGGGAGGCGGGGGCCUCGAGCUGGUCGAGGACGUCGAGAUCACCUGCACGAAACUGCUGCUCGGUAUCGUGAAGUCGCAGGUCGAGAACAACUGGAAGGGCAUCCACAAGAGGAUCGUCGACAGGCUGGUCGAAGACGCGAAGAAGGCAAAGACCACCGAAUAA